AUGGUGCUUGAGAGCGAAAUGACGUCGACGAGCAGUGAAGUGAUGUCUGCUUCAAUGAACUCCUCACGCAAGGUAGUCAAGAACGGCACGUUGACUGUCCGCGUCGACACAAGGCAGCGGAAGUGCUUUGCGCCAGCCGCUGCACUGCUCUCCACUGGUGGUGUUUCUGUGGCUGCUGAGGGUGGCGGUGUUGCCAGCAGUGGCGCCAGCCCCCCCAUGACAGCCUCGUUGCACACGAAGUCAUACACUGCGAGCCACUGGUCCGAGAUGGCGAAGCGCUCGAGUGUGAAGUCAGUGACGAGUGUCAGGACCUCCAGCAGCUCCAUCUUGGUGACGGCGGGCUGCUGCUCCACGCUUGACACCUCGCUCUCGGCGUAG